GCAAACAAAGAGUUGAAGAAUAACUCAUUGAUCAAUCUCCAACAAGGGUAGAGUUGGUCGCAUAAACCCUUUGAUAGAAGUUACUUGGGGGAGAAAAACGUGCACAUUUAUUGCUUAGCCGACAAUUUCCUGAUUUUUAUUUUGGACGAUCAAACAGGGCAGCUGCAAUGUGGAUUCAAGUUCGCACCAUGGAUGGGAAGGAGACCCAUCGGGUGGAUAACCUGUCCAAACUCACAAAAGUGGAUGAGCUGCGUCUCAAAAUUAUGGAGCUGUUCAAGGUGGAGCCAGAGAGGCAGAGACUUUUCUAUCGUGGCAAACAGAUGGAAGAUGGCCACACCAUAUUUGACUACAACGUUGGCCUCAACGACAUAGUGCAGCUGCUUGUUAGGCAGAAGGCCCCUGCUGCUGACGUCGUCAAAAGCAAAAGCAAAAACAAAAACAAAAACAAAGACAAAGAAGCCGAGCUCUCCGACUCGGAUUCUGGCUGCGGCUCCACCCAGAGCGAGUCCGACAAGAACUCAACCCACGACGAGGUCGAGGGUCAAACUGCUGGGACCUCUGCUCAGACAAACACAGUGGAGCUCGUAUAUCCUGGGUUUGGCUUUUACAAGAUUAAUGAGCUGGUUGAUGCAAGAGACCUGAACAUGGGAGCAUGGUUUGAGGCCCAGAUUGUGAAUGUCACAAAAACAACAAAGACGCCCAAAGUAGAGUCCGGUGAUGGGGAAGAAGAAGAGAUCCUGUACCACGUUAAAUAUGAAGAUUAUCCAGAAAAUGGUGUGAUUCAGCUACUGGCCAAAGAUGUUCGCCCACGGGCCCGCACCGUCUACCAGUGGCAUCAGCUGGAGCCAGGAAUGGUUGUUAUGGUCAAUUAUAAUCCAGAUGACCCCAAGGAUCGUGGCUACUGGUACGAUGCUGAGAUCCAGAGGAAGCGGGAGACUCGCACGAUCCGUGAAAUCUACGCCAAGAUCAUCCUUGGGGAAGCAGGCGACUCUCUUAAUGACUGCCGGAUCAUGUUCAUAACUGAAAUCUAUAAGAUUGAGGAGCCCGGUUCUUCAAGUGACUUGCCAGCUGGAACCGAUAGCCCGUUAAAAAGAUCAAAUGGACCUGAAUGUAAGCAUUGCAAGGAUGAUCUGAAGAAAAACUGCCGUUGGUGCAACUGCCACAUCUGUGGCAUCAAGCAGGAUCCAGACAAGCAGCUUCUGUGUGACGAGUGUGACAUGGCCUAUCACACGUACUGUCUGAAUCCUCCACUCACCUCCAUCCCUGAAGACGAAGAUUGGUAUUGCCCCGGUUGCCGUAACGACACCAGUGAAGUUGUUCUGGCUGGAGAAAAGCUGAAGGAAAGCAAGAAGAAGGCGAGGAUGGCUUCUGCAAGCUCAUCCAGCCAGAGAGACUGGGGAAAGGGAAUGGCCUGUGUGGGUCGAACCAAGCAGUGCACCAUCGUCCCAUCCAACCACCAUGGUCCAAUUCCAGGCGUUCCUGUGGGUUCCCUGUGGAAGUUCAGAGUGCAGGUCAGUGAAGCCGGUGUCCACAGGCCUCAUGUUGCUGGGAUCCACGGCAGGAGCAACGAUGGAGCCUACUCUCUUGUUUUGGCAGGAGGCUAUGAAGACGAUGUGGAUGAUGGCAAUGAGUUUACCUAUACUGGCUCAGGGGGCCGAGAUCUGUCUGGGAACAAGAGGACAGCUGAGCAGUCAUGUGACCAGACUCUGACCCACAUGAACCGGGCAUUGGCUCUCAAUUGCAAUGUCCCUGUGAAUGAGAAAAAUGGAGCUGAGUCAAAGAACUGGAAGCAAGGCAAACCGGUCAGGGUUGUGCGCAGCUGCAAAGGACGCAAGCACAGCAAAUUCUGCCCUGAGGAAGGAAACCGGUAUGACGGGAUUUACAAGGUGGUGAAGUACUGGCCAGACAAAGGCAAGUCUGGCUUCCUGGUCUGGCGCUACCUCCUGAAGCGCGAUGACGAUGAGCCGGCGCCAUGGACCAGAGAGGGGAAAGAGCGCAUAAAGAAACGUGGCCUGGUCAUGCAGUAUCCUGCCGGUUAUCAAAAGGAGAAGGAGAACAAAAAUGAAGUGGAGGAGGAAGAGACACCCAAUAAGGCGAAGAGGAAGAGAAAAUCUCUGGAGAGCGAAUCCCCUAAGACUUCGCCUGCCAAGUCUCUCAAGAAGAUCAAAGUGGAAGUCUACAAGCUUUCACAAGAGCAGAAGUCCCUCAUUAAGAAUGACCUGCCAAACAAGAAGUUGUGGGAUGAAGCUAUGGAGUCGCUGUCUCUUGGACCGAAAUUUCUGACCAAGGUUGAAGAGGUUUUCCUUUGUAUUUGCUGCCAAGAAGUGGUCUUUCAGCCUAUAACCACAGAGUGCCAACACAAUGUUUGCAAGGAAUGCCUCCAGCGGUCUUUCAGGGCAGAAGUUUACACCUGCCCUGCCUGCAGACACGACCUGGGAAAGAACUACUCCAUGUCUGUCAACAAAGAUCUGCAGGACAUUCUAAAUCAGCUUUUCCCAGGCUACAGCAAUGGGCGAUGAUCAUUACUCCAGUCUACUUAGCCCUCAAAGAAGCGCAAUGAAACCUGUACGGGGGAAUUUCCAGUUGAGGCAAUAAAGAGUCCGCUUCUCUUAAUAUAUUUUCUAUGAAUAUAAAGCUACAGUUGUGGGCUAAAAUACAACCAAUUUUACUGUCGAGCUGUUAUGUUUGUCUAAUAUUCAUUGAGAAUUCAUUUAGAACUGGUUGUACCGUUACCCUUUAAUGGCAAUUAAUCCUCCACAUUUUGCUUAGCUACUGCUAAUAUUCCUUAUUUAAAUUUAACCUAUCAUUUCCCCCAAAUUCCUUUGUUUUGCACUCAUUGAAGAAAUAUUUGGUCAAAAGAGGUAAUCUGCUUCCCAAAAUUAUCUAAAGAUCCUAACCUCUAAGGCUAUCAGUAGGUGUUUGAUGUGUAUGGGUUUUCGUGUUAAAUUGGUUGUGAUCGGUUAUGUUUAUUGAACUCUUAUGAAAAAGUCAGACAUUUAAUGAUUUUAUUUCUUAAGUCCAGCCCUAAUCAUUUCAUAUACAAUGCAUUGAUGUGAUAAAUUAAUGAAGUUAGAUUUGUAACGGCUCCAUAAAAUGUAAACAAAAAUCACAUUUCUUGAAGCACGUCGGUAUGAGGAGUGUCUUAUCUGUAAGCUGUGUCAUCGUCAACAUGUACUGUUCACCCAAAAAUGGUCAAAACAGGAUUUUUUUUUUUAUUACUGUAGGUUCACAUUUGGAAAUUGAUAACAAUUUAAGGAAAAAACAGCUUGAAUAUAUAUAUAUAUAUAUUUUUUUUUUCUUUUGACAGAUUUUUCUUCUUUUUUUAGGUUACCAGUUUCAUGGUUCACUUUAAAUAGUCCAAAGAUAUGGUUAAGCUUAAAGAGUGUGAAGUAGAUAUCCCAUCAAUUUAGCUCUCUGGACUGUCCUUAACACUCAAACCUACUUGAGCCUAAAGACAUGAUUUGUAUUUUUUCUAAAGUUUAAAAUGUAUACGUAUUUGCCUUGUCCUGUAAUUUGAAGGUUCAUUUUUGUGUCUUCCCAGUGGUCAUCUAUAAAAUUUGAUUCCAUUGUAAAAACAAGAAAUGCUUGUAUUUUAAAGUUAAGUACAUCUAAUAAUUGAUAUAAGCUCUUUAAUGCUGCUUGUAACAACCGCUUUUGUCCGUUAUGUUUUUCUGUUUGGUCAAACUCUCUAGCAAUGUCCAAAUUGCCCUGAAUGCAAGCAUUUCUUGUGCCAAAAUAUCUGCAAAUGCUGGGAAAUGUAAAUUUUUUCUGAAAUUGUAAAAAAAAUUUUUUAGUCCGUUUUAGAUUCAUGCGUAGUUUUAGCAUUCGCUGCACAUGUUUGGUGCAGAAAUUGUCAUUGUUCAAUAAUAAAAACUUUAAAAAGA